GGAUGAUCCCUCUUUCUCCCUCCCCAUCUCCCAGCCUCCCUAUUUCUAAUUGGCUUCCAAUAGCUUCCCAUUUCCUCUGAAGACUAGGAGUGCUCAUUUUUUCCCAGACGCCUUGGACAGCAAAAGAAAAGAGGAGCUUCACUGCUCGUUUCUCUUUCGCCUGCUCGAGACCAUCAAUCCAGUGAAGCCUCAAAAAACGUAAAUGACUGAGCAAUGACAUCUCUGCAGACAUGGCCUCUUUCAUUGCUGCUUGUUAUUGCAGUACAUUGUUCCAACUCGCUUGAAGACAACAAGAUCCCCAGUUUGUGCACAGGAAGCCCAGGUAUCCCAGGAUCCCCUGGGUUGCACGGCAGCCCUGGUCAGCCCGGCAGGGAUGGACGGGAUGGUCGUGAUGCUCAACCCGGAGAGAAAGGGGAAACGGGGGACAGAGGAGAACCAGGUCAGCCGGGCGUGAGGGGCCUUACGGGAGACCGAGGGGAUCUAGGAGAAAAAGGAGAGAGAGGAAGCCCGGGGGAGUGUGCGGUGGCCCCCAAAUCAGCUUUUAGCGCCAAACUGUCUCAAACUGAGUCCCGCACGAGCCCAUUGGCAGUAGGGGACGCGGUGCGCUUCGACAAAAUCAUUCUGAAUGAGCAGGGGGAUUACAAUCCCGAAACGGGACGAUUCACCUGCAGAGUGCCGGGCGUUUACUACUUCGCCGUUCACGCCACAGUCUACCGCUCCAGCUUGCAGUUUGACCUUAUAAAGAACGGACACACCGUGGCCUCCUACUUUCAGAUCUUUGGUAACUGGUCAAAACCAGCCUCUCUGUCUGGAGGGACACUAGCACACUUGAUUCCAGGAGAUCAGGUGUGGGUGCAGAUGGCCCUUGGCGAGUACACUGGGUUUUACUCCAGCCCGAAGACAGACAGCACUUUCACUGGUUUCCUAGUGUACUCAGACUGGAAAAACUCUGCUGUUUUUGCAUAGAUUUAAAGUACACUGCAACUAACUUUCUCUCUGUCUAAUAAAGGUUUCAUGAAUUAGGAAAAAAAUAUUUUAAUGGGUAAGACAAAGGCAUUUGAUUGGCCUUGAUUAGUAAUCAUUUCAUUAGAAUCAAAUAUGAUCAGCACUGCACAGAUGAUUAAGUUCUAAGCACAUAUAGUCAUACAGAAUAAAGUUACUAGAGUAUUUCCAUGCAAAGAAUUCAAGUAUGAAAGUCAUUAAUGAAACGCAUUACUACUUUGGAAAUAUGGAAUAAAAAAAUCUAAAUACAGAAAAAGAAAUCCUUCUGCUGUUUUUACAGAAAUUCUGGUGGCAGUCUAUAUUUUGUGAAAAAGCACAAUAAAUACUUUCCAACAUUUCUCUGGAAUAUGACUUCAAUAAAAAAUGA